AUGCAUUUCGCAACAUACGCUGCAAGCCUUCAAGCCAGCAUCAAGCUUCACUUGCUUCAACACCACUUAAGUCAUGUAUUCGCAUACUGUUGUUCUCUCAUCAUAUUUGUCUACAUUCUGAGAGAAUUCUUCAAAGGACCAAGGCAAAAGUUGAUCGCAGGCAUUCCUGUCGUAGGAGGCAAUGAUGUCAAAAGUAUCCAACUCAACCGUGAGAGAUUUCGAACGGAAGCGAAGGAAAUGCUAUUAGAAGGCUACAAGGAGACCGGUGGAGGUUUUUUCUACGUCCCGAGCCCACUUGGUGAACGACUCAUGAUUCCAUCGAAAUAUCUCGAGGAGCUAAAGUCCGCACCAAUUAAUCACGUAGAUUUCGUCGCUACGUUCAUCGAAAUGUUUGAAGGCAGAUACACCACCAUGGGAAGCCGCUCAACUCUUCACCCACGGGUUGUUAAGGCGCAAUUGAACCACCAUCUCGCGGACGUCAUGCCUGCCGUCCAACAGGAAAUCUUUGAGUCAGUGAAGGAUAACUUUCCUUUGUGUGACGACUGGACGCCAAUAUCUGUCGUCUUAACUCUAACCCAAAUCGUUGCGCGCGUCUCCUCUGCCAUGUUCGGCGGGACUACACUUUCGCACAACAAGCCUUGGGUUGCCGCAAGCAUCGCCUUCGCCAUUGACGGCUUCAUCGGGGCGCAGAAACUGAAAAAGUACCCCGUGUUUAUGAAACCCCUAGUUGCACCUUUUAUCCCAGAGCUUAGAAAUAUAGCCAAGCAUUACAAAGCCGCUGAAGAGGCUGCAAUACCUCUGAUAGAGAGCAGGAGGAAGAGGCAAGACGAAGCGAUGGAUUUACUAUAUUGGAUGGAUGAACAAGCCAAGGGUGAAGAGAAGGAUUUGAAGUUCCUUGCGGGAAUACUGUUGAAAGUUUCCUUUGCAGCUAUCCACACAUCUGCUGCAGCUCCAGCACAACUGCUCUUCGAUCUAUGCGAAAGACCAUACAUUAUCCACGAACUGCGCAAGGAAAUCACCAGUGUAAUGGACAAAGAUGGAAUGAUAUCAAAGGCAGGGUUCCUGAAAAUGGUCAAGAUGGAUAGUUGGAUGAAGGAAGCCCAACGCUUCAAUCCGCUUCUGCUCAUCACUUUUGAACGCGUAGUUCAUAGGCCGUUUACACUGUCCUCGGGUCUCAUCAUUCCCGCACACACUACAAUCGGCAUCCCGACACAAGCUAUCACCAUGGACCCAGCUCUCUAUCCUGAUCCGGAGACAUAUGAUCCAUGGCGCUUCUCCAAGCUACGAGAAGAGAGUGUGGAAAACGAGGGCAAGGCACAAUAUGUAGCGUCGAAUCCUGCGAGUAUGAGCUUUGGAUAUGGAAGGCAUGCGUGUCCUGGGAGAUUCUUUGCAACGCAGGAGAUCAAGGCGAUCAUGGCGCACAUCAUCAUGAGCUACGAUGUUAGAUUUUCAGAGGGGCAGAAGAGGCCGGAUAGUCUUUGUGUUGAGACGCAGUAUUUGCCGAGUCCGGAGGCAACAGUAGAGUUUAGGAAAAGGUGA